GAAAUAUAAUUUUUAAGAAAUAAGUCCAUUAGGUCUAUUUUUAAAAAAAUCACACAUGAAUCAAGGUUGUGACUUCAGUUUUAAUAUAUAAGAUAUUUAUAUAUGUUAAUGAGCUUCCAAGAUUGUAUUAGUUACUUAUGUAUGUAAAUUCAUAUUGAUCAUCGCUUUAUUUUUUUAUAUUUUGUUUAAAAAAAUAAACAUAUAAUUUGAUAAAUAUUAUGAAACUACAUGCACAUUUAAACUAUAAAUAAAAUUAAUUUAAUUUCACAUAAUUAUAAUAAAAAAUAUUUAUAUUACAGUAUGAAUUUGAAAGAAUAUAUGUAACCCAAUAUACUCACAACAUGAGUGACUCGAGUACUCCAACUUAUAUCUAUAAUCAUAAAUUUAACUACAAUAAGAAAAUAUAAUUUUGUAAUAAUAAUUUAUUUUCUAAAUGUAAAUUAUAAGAUGACUCAAAACAUAUUAAAAAUAAAAAUAAAAUAUUAACCAACUGUUAUAAUUUAGUUCUUUUGUAAAAUUUAUAUAUAUGCAUGAGACUGUAAAAAAUUAUCGUUAUAUUACGUAUAUUAUAGUUUACAUAUAUUAAGUUACAUAUAUUAAAGUUUAUUUUAUAUUUCAUUCUAAGCACAAUAUAUCUUAAGUUAUACAUAAUUUUCCUCAAAUAUAUUUAUAUAUCUACGUAAAUUAAAAACAGAUGCAAUCUAAUAUUCUUAAAAUAAAUGAAAAUAAUAAAAUUAAUCAUAAUUUUAAUAUAUUUAAAAUAAAAAUAUUAUAAUUGAAUUCAGAGAAAUAUAUGCAAUCUAAUAUACCCAAAUGAUAACUAAAUCGACUAUAAAAACAACAAAACCAACUAGAUAUAACAUAUCUAAAAUCAUAUGUCUAAUUAAAGUAAUAAAAUAUUAUUAAUAUAAAUUAUGCAUACAAAUUAUAAAUUAAUUUAAAAUUUAAAAUAAAUAACGAUCUAUUAUUAUAGUAUAUUUAUUUUAUAAAUAUUUAUACCCGUGCAUGAGCGCGGGAAAAUCACCUAGUGCAUCAUUAAAAAAAAAAAGAAGAGUGGGUUAAAAACAUAGUGAUUUUUCCAAAAAAAUAGUAAUAAGAAAAUUGAUUGUACUCAAAUAUGAAAAUAAAAAAGAUUUUCAUAUAUCUUAAAUUCAAAAUGUUUGGUGACUAUACUUUUCAUAUUUUAGGAUAUUUAGUCAUGAUUGUAUAAGUGAUUUACAAUUUUUUAUUAAGAAUUGAUUGUACUCAAAUAUGAAAAUAUGAAAGAUUUGUAUAUAUCUUCAAAAUAUUUGGUAACAUAUAUUAGGAAUUUAGGAUAUUUGGUCAUUGAUUAUACAAGUGACUUUUCAUUUUUGUUUUGUUAAGAAAAUUGAUCUUACUCAAAUAUGGAAAUAGAAAAUAUUUUCAUAUAUCUUCAAAAUAUUAGAUAAUAGUACUUUCCAUAUUUUAGGAUAAUGAUUAUCCAUAGAUUACAAUUUCUACUCGGUGUAGAAAUAAGACAAAGAGGUUCUAAAUCAAAUCAACUAAUCUUAGAACAUUGAAUUACAAGCGUUAAAAACAGUAAAAAAAUCUAUAGAUUACUUAUUCUAAUAAAAACAGAUUAGCUAACAAAACGUAGAAUUCAAUUUUUACAAUGUCAUUUUCUGUAUAAUAUAAAAUCUACUAUAAGAAAAUUUGAAAUUUUUAUUUAACAAGUUUUAGUUUCCGACAAACUGCUACUACAAUUAUGAGAAUAUUUUGAAUUGUUCCUAUUUUCAUAUUUUUGGGGGUUUGUAUAACUAUUCUAUUUCAUUAAUUUUGAUAAAUACAAAGGACAAUAAAGAUAAAAUUGGUCAAAAAAAUAUAUAGACAGAAAUAGAACAAAAUGAUAUUAUCUUAUAAGUACAAACAUGCUAAAUUUUUGGUCAAUAUUUCCACAUGAAAAAUAUUACAAUUUGGAUCAAAUUCAACACACUCUUCAAUUUGGAUCAAUUUGAAAAAUAUUUCCAAAUGAAAAAUAUUUCAUGGUCUAUAAAUACCGUCUUGGCUCUUGAGUUGCAGCAUAGUAUAAUCAAAUUCAAACAAAAAAGAAACAGAAGAAAGAGAGAAACCAUGAGUAUUAGCUUAAGGUUUAUAGUUGCUGGUCUUAUUCUUUUUCUUGUCUCCCGAUACGCUACAUGUCAAGCCAUAAUGAGAAUCCCACUCAAAACGAAAACUUUGUGGAACAAGGACGAUGUGUCUUUAACAAAUGAUAAUGACAAUACUUACUUCGGGCAAAUUAUGGUAGGAACUCCGGGUCAGCCUUUCAACGUGUUGUUUGACACCGGGAGUUUCGACCUGUGGGUUCCUUCUGCAAUAUGGCCUAAACAGAAAAGCAGAAGGUAUAGAUCAAGCGCAUCAAAAACUUUCAAACGCAAUGGGACGAAAAAAGAAAUCAGAUACGGAUCAGGUUCUCUGAAGGGGUUCAUGAGCAACGAUGCGGGAGAAAGCGUUCAUCGAGGCAACUGAAGCUCCGGGUAGACGGAUUUACGAAAGGCCGUGGGAUGGCAUAUUUGGACUUUCAGGCCUAUCGAAAUCGACAAUCACAGGAGCUCGUCCCAUCUGGAGAACGAUGAUGGAUGAAGGGGUGGUUACAAAGAAAGUGUUCUCGAUAUGGCUUCGACGGUACAGUGAUUCUGGUGAAAACGGUGGAGAAAUAAUCUUUGGAGGUAUAGACCAAGAGCACUUCACCGGAGCUCAUACCUACGUUGAUGCAGAAGGGCCGCAUAACACCUUCAAGAUUAACUCUUUUUUUGUGGGCAAAAUUGACACGAAAGUUUGCUCCAAGGGAUGCAAAGUUCUUGUGGACUCGGGGAGUACAUACAUUCGUGGUCCACCGAAUUUGAUCGUCAAGAUUAAUAAGCAAAUCAGAAUAGCAGCAGACUGCUCUAAUUAUGACAAGCUGUCUGAAGUUAUAAGCUUCACAAUAGCCGCAAAGACUUUUACCCUCACACCACGUGAUUACAUUGAGAGAAAGAACGGGAAAUGCAAGAGUGUAUUCGCGGAUGCUAAGUCUGAUUUAUGGCAACUUGGCACGCCAUUUAUUCGAGCAUUUCAUACUGUUUGGGACUACCAGACUCCAGGAAUUGUUAAAGUCGGAUUCGCCAAGUCCAAAUAAUUUCUCUUAUUAUCUCUUACCUUUUUGUGGUAUUAUGAUAUGUACUCUAUAAAUUAUUAACUAAAAUAAAAAGAAAUAUCGGCUAUAUUUCUCUUGUAGUUUUUUCGGUUCGUUAAAUCAAGAAAUGUAUGAACUUAUUAUAAACUACUUACAAUAGAGUACAACUACUGCUAUUAUAUGCGGCAUGGCAAUUACGACUAGAGUUUAAUCCGACUAAAUUACACUUAACUUCUUUCAUUAUUAAACCUGGAAAUUAAUUACUUCUAUCAUCCCCUAUAUAUUAAUCCUGAAACAUUAUAACAUUUUUCGUAGCCAUGUGUAAUCACUAAUAUAACAAAUGAAAAAAUACAAUAUUAAAAAAAAUAUUUGAUAAAAAAAUGAAAAAAUAAGAAAAUAUCAUCAAAAUAUAAUAAAAUUACGAUAAUAAAUAAAUUUAAAAUAUAAAAUAUCAUAAAAUAAAUAUUAUGUAAAGCAGAUUUAACCAAAGAAAUAUAAAUAAUUUUUAUUAAUUAGUUAAUUUCUGCAAAUAUAAAAGUAAAACUAGAUUUUGACUCGCGAUUCAAAAGCGCAGAAUAUUAUACAUUGUAAAAUUUUAAUAAAAAU